AUGGAAGCGCUAGGUGUAGCCGCAUCCAUAAUACAGGUCGCAGCAGUCGGGCUCGCUCUAGCCCAGACGCUAUACAAAUUCUGCGACGAGGCAUCAUCCAGCAACGAGCAGGUAAAAGACCUGGCAUUCUACGUUCGAUCGACCUCGCUGGUGCUUGAGGAAAUCGGCAAAGUAUUCGAAGAUGAAGAUCAGGGAUCGAGGCCCAUGAUUUCGCAGAAUGCGAUCGUGACGGCGAAAGAAAUCGUGGAGAAAUGUACGGGGACGUUUAAUGAUCUGCAGGAAAUAGUUGAUAGUGCUGAGCAGAGUGCCCUUGGUGUUUUGAAGUUUACGAUGAAGGCGUCCAGGCUUAAAGUGCUGCAGUUUGGACUGGGGGAGAUGAGGAGUAAUCUGCAGUGUAUGAUGCAGGUUAUUAUUUAUGCCAGGUUGAAGGCUGAACCGCGGUCGACAUUCGAUGAAUCCGAACAGCGAAGAUUGAUAGCAGAGCUCAUUGCACAGCAGCUGCGCGCUGCUGAAGAGUAUAACCAGACAGAGUCUCGUGCAGCUGAUGAUAACCCCAACCAGAUAUCUUUAAGUGUUGAAAGCAUCCCUUCGCUGCUCAGUACCAACGGGGCUGGUAUUCUCUCCGCCUCCCAAUUAUCCCCAAAUAACAACAGCAAUGGGACCGUGUCACAAGUAGGAACUCCCAGGGCAAACCCUCCUUCAAUCCGAGACCCAGGACCAUAUCCAGCCGAAACCGAAAACCCCCAGUCCCCAGAGAGACACACCAGCCAGCCACAGCCACCUGCAAUAUCAACACCAACGCCAACCACCAAGCCGAAAGCAAGCACAGUUUAUCUCAACGCCCUAUCCAUCGUCUGCUGCCCAUGCCUCGUCUGCUUCUCAUGCUUCGCACGGCCUCGGAUGAAGGAAAGUGCUUCACCGACGGCAUUACGCUAUGACGAUGGAUUUGGGUUCGGUCUUGACCCUCCUGGCCCUACUGCCUAUCCUGACCCCAGGAGAGAGGGGCACGCGGGGUCUAUAGCUGAGUUGGGUGGGGAGUCGGAUGUGGAUGCGUUGGUGAGGAUGUGGACUACGUUGUAUAACUAG